UUCUAGUCUCUUUCCCAUUUAUUAUCAAGACACAAAAUUCACAUUUCAUCUCCCCACGUUGCCAAGAAACUUGUUCAAAAGAGACCAAUCAAAUUCUUUUCAGGUUUUCGUUUCACUUCCAACGGAAUUCCAGGGAAAUGGCAAUCGAAGUAUUCCCCGACAGCCCGAGCGUGGGGAUGAGCCCCCGGAUCUCCUUCUCCCAUGAUCUUUCUCAGGCCGACGUCGUCCCCGUCGAGCAGUACAUCCGCACGACUUCCUCCUCCACCAUUGAUUUCGACUUCUGCGUCUUCCGGGAGAGCUUCGAUCAAGAAUCCUCCUCCGCCGACGAGCUUUUCUUCGACGGCAAGAUCCUCCCCAUUGAAAUCAAGAAAAGAUUACCCCCGCCGAGACGACUGGAAGAACAACCACCGCCACCGCCACCGCUCCCGCCGCCGGCUCCUCAGAAACCCAGAAGUUCCGCCGCGAGUGUGAAUGAAACGAAGAACCCGAACCCAAACCCAGAAUCAGAAGAGAAGCAGAAGUCGUUCUGGCGGUUUAAGCGCAGCGCGAGCUUGAACUGCGGCAGCGGCUACGGCCGGACUCUCUGCCCAUUGCCGCUGUUAUCGAGAAGCAACUCGACAGGCUCUACCUCCAGCGGGAAGCGCUCGUCGCUGGCGAAUAAUCAGAAGCAGAAUCUGCUCAAGUACUCGUCCCUAAACAGUUCGCAGAAGCAACCGCAGUCUGGCUACUCCUCGUCCAGGCCGCCAUUGAAGAAGAACAGCCAUGCUUCCUACAUCAAUGGGGUUAAAUUCAAUCCAGUGUUGAAUGUUCCGCCGGCGAAUCUCUUCGGGCUGGGCUCCAUUUUCUCCGGCGGCAAGGACAGAAGCAAGAAGAAGUAUUAGCUAUAGAUCUGUUUGGCCAUGCUGUUCAAUUCAGUUCAUUUCUUGAUUAACAGAGUUGGUUUAGAGCAUGAUUAAGGUUGUAAUUAACGGGAGUGUGAAUUUCAAAGGGAUGUCGAAUAACAGGUGAAUGAUUUGGUUUCA